AAAAAAAGGUGCACCCGGACCUCGGUCGCGAGUGUUUUUUUCGUUGCUGCAGCAGUGCGACCAUAGAUCGAGGAGCGGCGAUGGCUACCGUAUCGGCGAUGGCAGCGACGGCCAAGCAAGAGCUCCGCAGCAUGAUGGAGAGUGACGAGGCCGAUGACAUUGGCUCGGACGCUGCGACGACGAGCAAUGCAUCGGCGCCAUUGAGCCCGUUGCCUGCGCCGACACGCCGAGCGCGAACGCGGUCGUCGUCCUUGUCGGCCAAGAGCGGCGGGGAAGACAACGACGAGUACGACGCGCAAUCGGAGAUGGGCACACCGUCCAAGGCCCGCCCGCACGCGGUGAGCACCGCCGAGACGAACGGCCUCCGGCGCAACGUCAAGGUCGUCGUCCAACGCACGGCCGACGUUGAGCAGCGCCUGCCGCAAAUGGUUGACAAGAUUGGCACAAUCGUCGAGACACCGCGCCACCCCAACACGUGGUUCCGCGUCCGCUUCGAGAACAGCAAGGUGCUCACAUUCCGUGCGUCGGGCCUCCGGCCACUCCGCGACGCCCAAGCCGACGGGCUGCAUCUCGACCAGCAGCUCGCUGACGACGACGACGAUCACAUGCACGCCGAUGACGAUGCCGACGCUGACGACGAGAUGCACGACGCCAAGUCGUCCUUCGCCAAGGGCUCGCGCGUCACGCUCAAACUCGACGACGCAGCCAAGCGCAACAAGGAACUCAAGCCGCUCAACGGCUCGGCUUGCACGAUCCUCGAGGUGCUGCCGUCCGGGUACAAGGUGCAGCCGACCAACGACCCGUCCGUGACGCGCAUCGUCAAGCGCAAGCUUCUUCGUCUGCUCGAGGACGACGCGACAGCAACCGACGACGAUGCAAAGAAGAGUGCGACGACCAACGACGAAGCCGACUCGGAUGGGGACAACGACGACGACAACGACUACGACCCGGCGUCGGCCAAGUCCGCGGCCGCCGACGCCCGCCGCAAGCCCAAGAAGAAGGACCAGGGCACGUUUCUCUCAGACAUUGACACGGAGAUGUGGAUCGGCCGCCGCGUCCGCAUCAACGUCGGCAAGUACUCUGGCCAGCCGGCGAUCGUGCUCAAGUCGGGCAACGGCUGGGUCCAGCUGCAGGUCGACGACCCGAUGGCGCCCAAGACGGCCAAGCGCGCGUACGAGCUCACACUGCUCGAGAGCGUCGACGCCAUCGCGCUGCUCCCGCCCUCGUCGAAGCCCGACUCGAGCGAGAUUGACGAGACCGGCACCAACGCUGGCGACAGCGACGUGGCCGCCGCCGACGACUCGAACAUCGACUCGCAAGACGACGAGCGCAAGGGCGGCGCGCUCUCUCGUCGGCGCGGCCACUAUGGCGUCUCAUGGAUCGAGCGCAAGGUGCUUUUGCCGGCCAACGGCGGCAGUGGCAUUGUCAAGAAGGCGGACCGCGAGACGUGCACGGUCGAGGUCGACAACAUCUCCAAGACGCUCAAGGUCUUUCGCAAGUCCGACCUCGUCCUCAUGGAAGAAGACGUGGUGCAGCGCAGCCGUCGCACGACCACCAACCACGGCAACAACCGCAACGCCAAGGGCCUCCACCUCCCGGAAGGCGCUGUCCUCAUGGGCAUCACGUCAACGCGCUACGCCAUGUUCCAGGACCAAGUCAAGAAGCACGUGAUGCGGCGACGGGACAAAAUCAAGCACCGCCCGAACCUCCGCGACUGGCAGGCGGCGCUCGACAUGCAGUACACGCAGGUCACGGAAUUGCACGACGAGCUCUCGCCGACGAUCGACCUCUUCUUGGUGGCGUCCUGCACGCUCUGUGGCGUCGAGAAGGACUUGGACGGCAGUUGCUGGAACGAAGCGUGUCCGCGCUCCUCGGUUUGGAAUCCGCUGGCGCCGACCACGCUCGUGUACAGUCGCCUGCCCAAGGUGCCGCUGAUGGACCCGCGCACGAACCGAACGCUCCAGCCGGACGCCGCAGACCAUGUCUCGGUGCUGCGCGUCGAGCCCGAGCCGCCGUUGCCCGUUGUUGUCGACGACGUGUCCGUACUCAAGCGCAAGCGCGUCGACGACGCCGACGUGGCAGCGCCGACGACCCAAGAGAAGUCGGUUGUCGAGCCCCCAAAGAAGCAACCUGUGGUGGUGAUCCGAGAGCAAAUCAAAAAGCCGGUCGUGGCGUCGCCGCUCAAGGCGUUGCCGCCGAGUACGCACGUGAUGAGCAACGCGAUGAGCAACAGUCCCAAGCCCGCAAUAGUCCCGACGACAACAGCGCUGCCAACAGCCUCCUUUCGCCCGCAGUACGAGUCGGUGUUUGGAAAGAAAGGGUAGGAGGAGCUCGCCGACGCUCUAAGUACAAAUACAUCAUCUCGCGUUCAUGUUGGCA